GGUGAGAGAAAAAUAAUGUUCUUUUCACAACAACCAUCUGUUGCUGUUGGUUGCCAGUGAUUUGGACUUGAAAGCGCCCAUCUUUUCAUGUCCAUUGACAUUGAUAGUUGAUACAUCACUUGGCUUGUUCAUGUCUUCUUUUGACUCUCUCUUUCUCUGCUCCUAUCCUCUUCCUCUUCCUCUUUCUUCCUCUUUGUCAAGCACUGUGUUUAAGUCUUACUUCAAAGCAUAAACUUACUCAGUCACCACACCCCUCACACACACACAUUCAUAGAAAGAUGGAGUCUUUGGUUGCUGAAACAGCCAAGAAGAAAGCAAUGUGGUUGUAUCCAAAGGUUUUGGGUUAUAAUCCUUCUGAAAGAUGGGGGCACUCUGCUUGUUUCUCUGGGGGGCUUAUGUAUGUCUUUGGGGGCUGUUGUGGAGGGCUACAUUUCGGAGAUGUUCUGUGUUUGGACCUUGUGAAAAUGAAUUGGAGCAAGCUUGGGACCACGGGUGAAAAGCCAGGUCCUAGAGAUAGCCAUGGUGCUGUUCUUGUAGGGCAUAAAAUGAUAGUUUUCGGUGGCACCAAUGGGUUAAAGAAGGUGAAUGACACUCAUAUAUUGGACCUUUUUACCAAAGAGUGGAUUCGUCCUAAAUGUGAAGGGACUCCUCCUUCACCAAGUGAAAGUCACACAGCUACUCUAGUUGGUGAUGAAAGAGUAGUGAUUUUUGGUGGCAGUGGUGAAGGUGACGGAAACUAUUUAAAUGAUUUGCAUGUUCUAGACCUUCGAACCAUGAGGUGGACUUCUCCUCAGGUAAAAGGCGAUUUGCCUGUCCCUAGGGACAGUCACAGCACUCUUGCAAUCGGGAACAGGCUUUUUGUGUAUGGUGGAGACUGUGGUGAUCAGUAUCAGGGCGAUGUUAAUGUGCUUGACAUGGACACAAUGACUUGGUCAAGGUUGAAAAUUCAAGGAUCUUCUCCAGGAGUCAGGGCAGGUCAUGCUGCUGUGAGCAUUGGUACAAAGGUCUACAUCAUUGGAGGGGUGGGAGAUAAACGUUAUUACAAUGACAUAUGGGUGUUUGACAUAUGCACCUGUUCGUGGGCUCAGCUUGAUUUUCGUGGUCAACCGCCACAGGGGCGAUUUUCUCACACAGCUGUUGUGGCAGACAUGGAUAUUGCCAUAUAUGGCGGGUGUGGGGAAGAUGAACGUCCUUUGAACGAGCUGCUAGUGUUGCAGCUUGGAGCAGAGCAUCCAAAUGGACGUUACAACAUCUCCAUGUGCAAAGUUUUUGGAACUUAUUGGAAUCAAGAAAAGAGGAUCAUACCUAGAGGAGCUGAUACCAACUCGACAACUCCAUGCACGGAGAACCAUAUGGAAGCCAUAGGAAAAUGGGCUAAUGAAGUUGUGUUGGAUAGAGUACAACCUUGUAACAUCGAUUCAGGCAGUUCACAACACAAGAGGAAGAGAAUUGGUGUGGCAAAGGCGUGGGAUGUUGAAUCAGAACAAGAAGAACAUUCUCUUUCACUGUCCCAGCAUUCAUCUCCUUCUCAAUCUGAUCAAGAACAGACCCCAGCUCAAAAAGCUAAUGUUUCUAUCAUGGAUUCUGAGAGGUAUCCAUGGUUCAAACAGAUCAAUAAAAGUCCAAGCUAUUGCCAGCUCGACAAUGACUCAAGCAACACCACAUUUUUUAAGAAUCUCACACAAAGAAGUGUCCAUCCCAUGAAACAUCAACCUAAACAAGAGCAGUAUGUUCACAUUGACGAUGAUAGAAAAGUACCUCGACACACUCAACACCUGAUCGGUGCUGAAGUUCGGGGAAAAGUUGAUGGAGCCUUUGAUUCAGGUUUACUCAUGACUGCAGUAGUUAAUGGAAGAGUUUUCAGAGGAGUCUUAUUUGCACCAGGUGCUACAGUAUUGUCUACAUGUGUUGAGCCAAACUGUUGUUUAUCACGUUCAUUUCCCUCCACUCAACCAUUUAUGAACUCAAAUGAUGUGAGGGAUUCGCAGCAAGCAACAGAGCCCUGCCAUGGCUUCAGGCAACCUGUGGUAGCUCAAGCAUCAUCAGCAAUCAUGAGAGGCCCUACUUCUGCAUCUUUAGCCAAAGAGCAUCAAAUGAGGAGUGACCUUCAAGGCUUGGUUUUGACUCUUGGAGGGCCUGCAAGUGCUAACCAUGCUUCAUCCUAGGAUCAAUUGUUGGGAUGGCUAAUAAGGUUCAUGUAAACUUAGGAAAUAAUCCUUUCUUCUUCAAUGCUUAUGCAUUUCUUCAAUUUACCUUUUGUUAUGUGUAAUA